AUGUACACCAGCUGCAGACGACAAGGCAAAAAUGACAAUCGUGUUCUCUACUUGGCUCGCACUCAGCGUGACGAGAAAAAAAUGGCAAAAAUUGCUUGCAUAUUAGCAAUCAUUGUUGCCGUAGUAAGUUUGUCAUCCGCUGCUCCAGCAUCGGAAAACAAUCCAACAUGGACUCUGGCAAGAAGCAUGAUUCAAACAAAACUGCAUAAAAUGCUGGCAAACAUUCCUCCAGAAAUCAUUGAUCAAAUCAAUGCUGGUAUAAUGACGCAUUCCCCUGCGAAGCGUGAAGAAGAAGCUGACAACAACAUUCCAACACCACAAAUGAUUGCCAAUGAGGGGUAUCCAGCAGAAAUCCAUUCAGUCACAACAGAAGAUGGGUACAUCUUACAAAUGCACAGAAUUCCUCAUGGUCUGGCUCCUGGGUCUGGGCCUGGUGAAGGAACCAAGACGCCAGUUUUUGUUCAGCAUGGGUUACUGUGUUCAUCAGCUGACUGGGUUGUCACAGGCCCUUCAGAAGCUUUAGGCUACAAAUUGGCUGAUGCUGGUUAUGAUGUUUGGCUUGGAAACAUCAGAGGAAACACUUACUCCAAAAAUCACGUUUCCCUAUCUCCUGAUGAGUCUGAAUUCUGGCAGUAUGAUUGGGACCAGCAUGGCAAAUAUGAUGUCCCAGCAAUGAUGGACAAAAUCAGUGAUGUAUCUGGUAAACAAGACAUGUUUUACAUUGGUCACUCCAUGGGCACAACAAUGUUCUGGGUGAUGAGCAAUGAAAGACCAGAGUAUAGAGACAGGAUCAAGGGUAUGUUUGCAUUGGCACCAGUGGCCAGAGUGGAUCACAUGUUAUCCCCCAUCAGCUACAUUGCACCAUUUGUGGAUGAAGUCAAUUGGAUAAUGACACUCUUUGGAUUGGAUGAAUUCUUGCCCAGUGACGCAGGAAUAAACAUUUUGGCUGAUCUGUUCUGCAUUCCUGGAGGAUGGAUUCAGGAUGUUUGCUCUAAUAUCCUCUUUAUUCUCUGUGGAUAUGAUGAACCCCAGCUUCCCCAGGAAUUACUGCCCACCAUUUUGGGACACACGCCUGCUGGAACUUCAACACGGACAAUAGUUCAUUAUGCUCAGGGAGUAAAUUCUGGUGCCUUCCAGAAAUAUGACUUUGGACCAAGUGGGAACAUGGAUGCCUAUGGAGCACCCUAUCCACCAGAAUAUGACAGAGACAUGAUCACCUCACCAGUAUAUGCAUACUGGGCAGACAAUGACUGGUUGGCUCACCCAGAGGAUGUUGCUUGGUUGAUGAGAGGGCUUCCAAAUCUUCAGUUGGACUACAGGGUGCCCCUUGACAUGUUCAACCAUUUGGACUACCUAUGGGCCAUUGAUGUGGAUAUUCUUCCACAAAUGAUUGCCAACGAGGGGUAUCCUGCAGAAAUCCAUUCAGUCACAACAGAAGAUGGGUACAUCUUACAAAUGCACAGAAUUCCUCAUGGUCUGGCUCCUGGGUCUGGUCCUGGUGAAGGAUCCAAGACGCCAGUUUUUGUUCAACAUGGGUUACUGUCUUCAUCAGCUGACUGGGUUGUCACAGGCCCUUCAGAAGCUUUAGGCUACAAAUUGGCUGAUGCUGGUUAUGAUGUUUGGCUUGGAAACAGCAGAGGAAACACUUACUCCAAAAAUCAUUGGAUAAUGACACUCUUUGGAUUGGAUGAAUUCUUGCCCAGUGACAUAGGAAUAAACAUUUUUGCUGAUCUGUUCUGCAUUCCUGGAGGAUGGAUUCAGGAUGUUUGCUCUAAUAUCCUCUUUCUUCUUGGUGGAUAUGAUGAACCCCAGCUUCCCCAGCCACAAAUGAUUGCCAAUGAGGGGUAUCCAGCAGAGAUCCAUUCAGUCACAACAGAAGAUGGGUACAUCUUGCAAAUGCACAGAAUUCCUCAUGGUCUGGCUCCUGGGUCUGGGCCUGGUGAAGGAACCAAGACGCCAGUUUUUGUUCAACAUGGGUUACUGUCUUCAUCAGCUGACUGGGUUGUCACAGGCCCUUCAGAAGCUUUAGGCUACAAAUUGGCUGAUGCUGGUUAUGACGUUUGGCUCGGAAACAGCAGAGGAAACACUUACUCCAAAAAUCACGAUUUACUGCCAACCAUUUUGGGACACGUACCAGCUGGAAGUUCAACAAGGACAAUAGUUCACUAUGCUCAGGGAGUAAACUCUGGUGCCUUCCAGAAAUAUGACUUUGGACCAAGUGGGAACAUGGAUGCCUAUGGAACACCCUAUCCACCAGAAUAUGACAGAGACAUGAUCACCUCACCAGUGUAUGCAUACUGGGCUGACAAUGAUUGGUUGGCUCAACCAGAGAAUAUUAAUCUCAAGCCACAAAUCAUCAGCAAUGAUGGGUACCCAUCAGAGACCCACCAAGUGACCACAGAGGAUGGGUACAUUUUAGAAAUGCACAGGAUCCCUCAUGGUGUGGCUCCUGGGUCUGGUCCUGGUGAAGGUUCUAAAACCCCUGUUUAUGUCCAGCACGGAAUCUUGUGCUCAUCAGCUGACUGGGUCCUUUCUGGGCCAGAGGAAUCAUUGGCUUACAAGUUGGCUGAUGCUGGAUAUGAUGUUUGGCUUGGAAAUCUCAGGGGCAAUACAUAUUCCAAAGGACAUGAAAGCCUGACAGAAAAAGAUUCAGAAUUCUGGCAAUUUGAUUGGGACCAACAUGGCAAAUAUGAUGCCCCAGCCAUGAUGGAUUUGAUCACUUCAGUCACUGGGAAGCAAGAAAUGUUCUACAUAGGCCAUUCAAUGGGCUCAACCAUGUUCUGGGUGUUGAGCAAUGAAAGGCCAGAAUACAGGGACAGAAUCAAGGGGAUGUUUGCUUUGGCUCCAGUGUCCAGGGUUGAUCACAUGAUGUCACCCAUUGCCUCCAUUGCACCAUUUAUUGAUGAACUUAGUUGGAUCCUGCUCUAUUUUGGAUUGGAUGAAUUUUUGCCAAGUGACAUAGGAAUCGGCUUCCUGGCAGAGUUGAUCUGCAUUCCUGGAGGAUGGUCAGCAGCCAUCUGCAGCAACAUUUUGUUCCUCAUCUGUGGAUUUGAUGAAGCUCAGCUAAAUGAGGAGUUACUACCAACCAUCCUUGGACACACACCCGCUGGAACAUCAACCAGAACCAUGGCUCAUUAUGCACAACAAGUCAACUCUGGAACUUUCUCAAAAUUUGAUUAUGGCCCAACCUGCAACAUGGAAACCUAUGGCACACCAUAUCCCCCAGAAUAUGAAAGAAAGAUGGUCACUUCCCCAGUGUACGCUUACUGGUCAGACAAUGAUUGGUUGGCACAGCCAGAGGUAUAUUCAUCAAAUAAUGUAUCAAUGUCAUUGAUGUGCGAUCACGUUUUAUGUCAUAUACAAAAGUUGAACAUUGAUAAGUCAAAUACCUCCCUAUAA